AAUACAUAUGUACUCUUUCGCACUUGUUGCAUAUCCGCCACGAGCCGCGGUUAUCACGCGUACUCUAACUUAGAGCAGCUACAGUUGUCAUCGUCGUAAGCUUAGUUAUAUAUUAUUAUACGCGAUCACACCAUCGAUACGAAGUUUUCCGCGUCCAACAAUUAUUUUUUCUUUGGUCGGAGUUUUUUUUUGGUUUGAGAGUGUUAUAUAAAAGUACGUUUGUUUCUUCACAAAAAUCGGUUUGGACUCCAUCGAAAUGAACAUCGACAGCGUGCUCGUCACUGUGGGCAUGGGCCGUUACCAGUUCGCGGGCUGUGUGCUUUUCGGUCUCAUGAUAAUGUAUUCGAACGUGUCACCGGUCACCUACGUCUUCACCGCCGGUGAUUUGAAAUAUAGGUGCGCAGUACCGGGAUGUGACUCACCCGACCUGGCUGAACGCACUUACGAACCGGAAUGGUUGCGGUUCACGACGCCUUACCGGGAAGACACGGGACUGCCGCGCAAGUGUCAGCGGUAUUCCAGGAAUCCGGUCAACGGUUCACGAUGCGCGCCUGGAGACUUCGACAGCAACACGGUGGAAUUAUGCAGUGGCGGAUGGGUGUUCGAAGACAUCGAGAACACCAUCGGCACGGAGUUUGGACUUAUGUGUGAAGAAAAAAAAUGGAAGCUAUCGAUGGUGGGUACGGUCAACAACUUUGGUCAGUUUAUUGGCAUACCCGUAUCUGGAAUCAUCGCUGACAAAUUUGGUCGAAAGUUUGCUAUGGUAUUUUGUGCUGUGACAUCUGCCAUAUUAGCUAUCAUUCAGUCGUUUUCGGUCAAUUACCAGAUGUUCUUGGUAUUGGAAUUGUUUUCUUCAAUCGUUUCCAGCGGUGUUUAUACAGUCACUUUCGUAUUAGCGAUAGAGUUGGUACUUCCUAAUCAUCGUGUGCUAUACUAUUCGAUUCUGGAAUGUUUCUAUCCAAUUGGUGCCAUAUUGGUGGCUUUUAUCGCCAGUCUGGUGAAAGACUGGAGGCUUUUGUUGCAGAUAGCCAACAUCCCAGGAUUGCUGUUCUUGUCAUACUUCUGGCUAACAGAAGAAUCGAUGAGGUGGUUGGAAAUGCAAGGCAAACACGACAGAGUGAUCGGCGUACUCAAAAGAAUAGCUGGUAUUAAUAAAAAGUCUUUGCCUGUACUACGUCCAAACACACAAAUAGAGACAUCAAAUUACGACGACGAUAACGACGCAAAAUACGUCAAUAUCCUAAAAGACGUAAUCGGCUCACCGACAAUAUUAUUUAGGUUAAUCAGAUGUUCACUAGUGUGGAUAGCUAUAACGCUAGUGUACUAUGGGCUGACAAUAAGCGCAACUGACAUCGCCGGAGACAAAUAUCUGAACUUCGCGUUGGCCUCUUUCGUCGAGAUUCCUGCCUGCCUGUUGAACUGGUUAGUUAUGGAAGGGAUGUCUCGAAGAAUGUCGUUAUCCUGCAUGUUAAUCUUGAGUGGUUUCACCAGUGUCCUAUACAACUUGGUUCCGGACUCAUCUCUUCUGAUUAGAUUAUCGAUAUUCUUGAUUAGUAAACUCGCAAUCUCCGUCGCAUUUUCCGUCAUCUACAUGCUGACCGUGGAGAUAUUCCCAACCAGAAUGCGAGCUACCCUUCUAUCAGUGUGCUCUAUGAUUGGUCGAAUCGGAUCAAUGUUGGCCCCACAGACUACGCUGCUGGCUGAAUACUUUGGCAAUUACGUGACCAUGCUAGUGUUUAGUGUGACGGCACUUGUGGCCGCCGCAAUCACCAUGACUCUUCCGGAAAGCAAAAACAUUAAGUUGCCAGACACCAUCGUAGAAGCCGAACGGAUCGGGAUCGACCGCCUAAUACCAGAAAACAUCGAAAACUCUUAGUCUUACUAUAGUAAUUAUUAAUAAUAUUUUUACGCACCCUCAAAACGUUGUUGUAAUGUGUGUGCGGAACGUCCUCAGUAUGGUUUUCGAAAAUGUUUCCCAAUUAAACUCUAUAUAAAUAAUAUAUUGUUUAAUAUAGACGAUGUUUUAUUUACGUAACACUCCACAUACGUAAUAAAAAUUUGUACUGCUCUUUGGGGCCUCGCCGUGACAAAUAAGUUUUGACGUUUCGUACACAUAUAUAAUUUCCCAAAUACGCCAUUGGAAAAUCUGUAGAAAAUAAAAGCAUAUUAUGACGAGACAGGUCCGGUACCUUGUCGAAUCAAUAUUCCCAAAAGAAUAAUCUUUCAAUUCAUUUUUCUUAAUCGGAGAACCAUGCUUUCGAAACACAUCAUUAUUCUUUUUAUAUUGUAUAUUAAUUGUAUCUAUUAUGAAUAUUAUACCUGUGAAAUAUAUUUCCUUUCGUAACAGCACAGGGUGAUUCAUCAGGAAUUUUUGUACUCACCUAUUAAGGAGAGAUCACCAAAUUUUCAAAAUACUUAAAUUUUUUAUACCAUUUCAGGAAUAUCAUGCGGAGAUACAUAUUACAAUUUUUAAAAAAGUACUUUUUUCAAAUGAGAACCAACCUUUUGACUGUAAAUUGUAGAUGAUGUUAGAUGAUGUUUAUUUAAUAAUGAAGAUGUAACUAAAUCCAAUUUAAACGAGUAAUUUUUCUACUAAAUGAGUGACUAAAAUGUCCUUAUAUUUAUAAUAGUCCUGAAUAAUUAGUUUACAAAAAUAUAAAUGUAUGUAAUAAUUAGUCUAGUGCCUUGUACCUACUUAGACGCUUUUUAAUAAAAUGUUAAUCGAAUAAUAUUAAUUAUUAUAAUGAAUUCAAUUAUUAUGGACCUAUUAUCCUUAAUACACAAAGGAAUAUAACUCAAAAACAAUUCAUUUCAAUUUUAAUUUAAAUACAUACAAACAUUUUCAAAAAAUCAUCUGUAUAAUAAUAAAAGAGUCAUUCUCAUUUUAAAAAAGAAGUUUGUAUCACCCUGCAGGACACUUCAUAAGAUCUAACUAUUUUAAAAUAUUAUCUUUAAGUAUAUAUACUUCUUAUACUUAAUAUUUCUAAAAAUCAGAAUUUGAAUGCAUAAAUACCUAAAAUCAAGAGGAAAAUGAGUGGUGAGCAUGCUUGAUGAAUCACCUUGUAUGGUACGUACAUGAUUUAGUCUUAAGAUUUCUUUUUUGAUUUAUCGAAUAUUGAUUUAUAUCUACUUUAUACUUUUAUAUCCAAUCCAUAUCAUAGAUACGUACAUUCAUGAUGUAUGGAAUUUCAUUUCAAUUGAUUUUAAAAUAUUUUUACUUUAAAUCUAGAAGAUCUGCUUUAAAACGGUUAAUUCUCCUGAAUAGCUAAAUCAAACAGUGGAGUUAUCCUAAUAGUAA